UCAAUACAUUAUUAAUAAACCUUCGUACGACCAAUUAUUAAUAAUAUCCCUUAUUUGUUUAUUUGAGUUUUCUAUACUAUAUCUUGACCUUUUUCUCUCCAAACAAUUCAUUCAUCACAUCAUAUAUAUCCUUUGCUGCUUCUGUCUUCUGUUUCCUAAUUUUGUUUGCUUCACUUUACCUUUUUCCUCUCUUUUCAUCAAGGAAUCUUCUUCUUCUAUGGCAGUUUUACCAACAAGUUCCUCCAACUUAGAAUUGACCAUAUCUGUCCCAGGUUUUGCUUCUUCACCAAUCACUUUUCUCACCACAUCAUCAUCAUCUGGGAAAAAGUUAGACAUGAACCAAGUAGCCAUAGAAGAAGAAUGGAUGAGAUUAGAAGAGGAAGAAGAAAGCAACGUUAAUCCUCGCAAAAAACUCCGUCUAACAAAGGAACAGUCUCGUCUCCUUGAAGAAAGCUUUAGAAAAAACCACACUUUAAACCCAAAGCAGAAAGAGUGUUUGGCAAUGCAGCUGAAACUCCGACAAAGACAAGUGGAGGUGUGGUUUCAAAACCGUAGGGCCAGGAGCAAGUUGAAGCAGACAGAGAUGGAGUGCGAGUACUUGAAAAGGUGGUUUGGAUCUCUGACAGAGCAGAACCGGAGGCUUCAAAGAGAAGUUGAGGAUCUUAGGGCUUUGAAAGUGGGCCCACCCACUGUGUUAUCCCCUCACAGUUCCAAACCACUUCCAGCUUCAACCUUAUCCAUGUGUCCUCAAUGUGAACGUAUCACCACCAACGCCACAGCUGCCGUCGCCGUCGACAAACAUGCUAAUGCCGCCGUCACUUUGUCGCCUAAAGUGUAAACACUUUCUAUGCAGUCGCGUCAAAUGUGAAACACCUUGUUGAGCAUGUUUCUUCCUACACGCGAUCGUGCACGGCACAUUAUUUAAUUAGUUAAUGUAAAAGAGAGAAAAAAAAGUGUUGAAGAAUUAAUGUAAGGGGAAUGUGUUACAGAUUUUAAUAAAAAGGUAUUUUUGGUAAGGCA